AUGAACAACCCACCAGAUGAGCUCAAGUUUGUGCUGACAUAUCUGCAGCGUGCACAGGAACUGCAGGCGAGAGAGCCCAUUGUGGCAUACUACUGCAACUAUUACUCUGCAAAACUUGCUAUUGAAGCAGGAGCGACUAGUAAAGAGAGCCAGGCGUUUUUAUUGCAACUGCUGGACUUGUUGGAAAAGGACAAGGCGAAUCUGGCAGGAAACGAAGCGAUUGGGAAUGAUGUAGUUGGAUACGCACAUGUAGAAAACUUUGCAUUAAAGAUUUUUGUCAAUGCUGAUAAUGAAGACAGAGCAGGCAAGGCAAGCAAAAAAACUGCCAAAACAUUCCUGGCAGCAUCCAUCUUUUUGGAAUUACUCAAGACAUUUGGUGAGCUGGAUCCCGAGGUCCAGCAAAAAAUUCGAUAUGCCAAGUUUAAAGCAGCCGAUAUUAUCAAAGCUAUCAAAGAAGGCAGAACGCCAACACCAGGUCCACCAGGUGGAGAACCAGAUGAUACGAUCAGUGCAGAUCUGUCACAUAUGAAUCUCAUGCAAAGCCAGUCGAAUAUGACUCCUGAUAGCUCCGUUCCGAUUGAUCCUCGCUUUAUGAGCACUGAAGCCUCAACAGUACCAUUUGAAAAUGCUUAUAAUGGACAUUCUUCAUCGCUAUUGACAGCAUCAACUGUGGCUGUAUCUCCAACGGGAUAUCAAUCAUCUGCACAUACCGAUCAGCCGCCUAUUUCUUCUUCGUUCCAUCAAUCCUAUCCAUCCCAUCCCACUCCGUAUAUUCCGUUUGAAGGAUCACUGCCCACUCCAGUUAGCCAUCAACCUCCAGCAACACCAUUAGUGUCUGGAUACGAUGCGAUUCCACCACACAAAGCCCAAACACCAAUAGCCGAAGUGAGCGGAUAUUCAAACGCACUAUUUGAUGAGCAAUUGCACCAAACGACUUCUCAAGCUCAAAGAUAUGCCAAGUUUGCGAUUAGCGCUUUGCAGUUUGAAGAUAUUCCUACAGCGAUUGAUAAUCUGCAAAAGGCACUUGCCACACUGCAGCCAUUAUCUCAUCAACCAAUGAAAUAAGUGAUUCUAGC